UACACAUUUAAUGAUAUUUAAAAAGCUUUUUGCUGACAGUUGUUGUUUAGUAUGAGCUGAAUAUUUCAACACUGACAAUAAUGUCAGAAUUUGAACAAACUUUGUCAAUUUGAUACUUAAAGGAUUUUCUUUUUGAGUGAUAUUUUGAAUGUAGGACUGUUAGGUGUUUCUACUUUUAGCUUGGUACAGGAUCUGAAUACAUCCUCCACUAAUGACUCACCGGGUCACAGACAAAGUUAUCUCUGCUUUUUGUUUUCCCUAACCCUAACCCUAUAAUAAAACGGCUAACCAAAGCUCUUUAUCCCCUCGCCCCCCUCCAGCCUUUAACAUCAGUAGUCUGCUGAGCUGGGAGACUCAAAGCUGUCUGAACUCAACUCUCUGCAACCAAACUGAAACGGGGACUCUCCUGACCGCUGGCUACACGGUGACCAGGACCUGCUGCAUGACUGACUGCUGUAACGGAGCCACAUCUGUGCAGCUGCCUGUCACUGCUGCUGUGGGCGCGGCCCUCGUGGCCAUCUGGGGCGCCCAAAGUCUUUAAAAAGACAACAAAAGAUUAAUCACUGGGUGUUGUGUUGGAAUGCAACUGUUAAAGAACAUGAUGAACUGUGUCUUCCUAUAUAAUUAAACUCAGAAUGUUGUAGCUUCUCUGCCUUUAAAUGUAUUUGUUAUAGACGAUAUAAAAUGUAUAAAAACUCAGUGAAAUGAUCAAAGAAUAAAAAAUGAACAUGCUAAAACGUAAAAGCUGUUAUUUUCCUCCAGGCUGUGAAUGUUUGGGUGAAGUGGAUUUGCAGUAACUUCUUCUUCCUCUUCAAACUAGAAGCACACAAAACCUGAUGAACCUCAUUCUUUCACAUUGCUUCUUGAUUAGGGUCAAGCCUGAAAUCUUGUCUCUUUGUCUCUGCUUACUUAGAAGGUUCGCUCGUCUGAGGCAGGUAUUUUAAACCUUAAAGGGCAUUUCUUUUACAAGAAGAAUCCGUUAAAAAAAAACCGUCAAGAAGGAUGACUAACUUUUGGAAGGCAGUGAUUGUCCUGUGUGCGCUCGUCCCUGCAGCACAGAGUCUGCAGUGUCGACAGUGCCGCCUCGGUAUAUUUGGGUCUUGUUUGUUUGGGAGCGACGUCACAUGUAAUAAUGCCACUGAGAGCUGCCACCGUGGAGAAGCACAGUUCAAUGCUACAGGGUCACUCACUCUGCAAAUCCGCGGCUGUCUGGACUCGGACCUGUGCGGCAAGACGCUGACCGGCAGCAUCCUGGGAGCUGGUUACACCACCAGUUUCCAGUGUUGCACAACAGAUCUGUGUAACGCAGCCGGUUCUCUCCAGCUCCCUCUGACCGUGGCCCUCUGUGCUGCUAUGCUGUCCUCUCUGUGGGGCAUAUGGGAUCUGUAGUUUUACAAGCUUGUCUCGGUUGCUAGAAGUCAUAUAGACUUUAAAAAAAAAAAAAUUGGACUUCAGUAAACAGUGAAACUGUAAUUUAAGUUUUUGAUUGUUAAGUGAAAACAAUAAUUGUGCACUUUUUCUUUCAGCUUUUAAAUCAUCUCUUUUCAUUUUCUAAAUUCUUCAUCAACAUUGAGAGACUGUUGUUUGUUUCAACUUUCUUGACUCCAUUAAAAGGUGAACACUUUAAGACCAUGAAGUAAAAAAAAUAA